CCGGGACCUCGAAAGGAAGGCGCCGCAGAUGCUCAAUCUCCCCACGUUGGUGUUGGAGGUAAGGAUCGACAGCUACAAGGAAAUAAAUGUUCAGGGUCUGGACUCACUCGAGUAGAAGUGUCAACGGAUCAUCGUCGUAGUCGUCUCUCUAUGGUCGACUAACACGGUCAACACUCACCUCACGGCUCAGAUCUCGCUCGAGUACAAAUUGGUCCCGAAUUUCACAAUGGCAUCCGAAUGAGGACAACAACACAGCCUGUGGUGGCCUUCUUCUGCUUCUCCUGAGUUCUGACAUCUUGAGACAUUGAUUGGAGGCAGGUAAUCUACAAUUCGAAUCCCUGUUGACGACGUCAGUGGCGCCCCUCAAUGACGCUCUGGCAAGCGGACUGGUUUCACUUCCAUCCAAUGGAAGUGCCACUAUUCGGCCCCAUCGUCAGCCUUCGACCUGUCAACCCUGAACCCGCAACGCCUCGCACGUCUCCUUAUACAAUCACGUGUUACACAAUUCGACAGGGGAACGAGGAUCAGGCUGUUAUUGUCUGUACGACCGUCAGCAUGAGUUUUGCUCCUUGGACAUGCAGUACGGGCCGGGCAAGUAAUAGCGGUGCCGUUCCCGAUGGCUGGGAUCCCGAGGACACAUCCAUGGCGAGGAUAGCGUACAGUGACAUACUCUUUUUGAGAUGUGAUAACUUUACGGACUCGUGCUUCUUCGUUGGAAGAAAACUGACGAUUCCAUGGCAGCCGGCAGACACGACAAACAGCGGCGCUGUCGGUUCGACGAUAAUUAACAAGGCGGUCAUAUCCAUCCGGGCUCCACAAGGCUCCGUAAAGGCUAUUUGGAGAGUCAGGAGACCCUUACUUUUAGGGGUCCUUGUUCGGCAGCCGAUGAAGAUAAACUGUAGGUAUCCGGAUAACAAGGUCACAACCUUGAGGAAAGUCACGCGAAAGACUUCCUGGUCUCUGUCAUCUCGUAUCGUCCCCGAGCUCCACCCCGCGAUAUCCAUAAUCCCUACAUGUAUAAAUUUGUAGAGGAAGUCAGCCUCAUAAAGGCUGCAGUGUCCGAGAGCUCCACGUUCCAGGAACAUCGUUGGUGAAAGUCGGCAGGUCGAGCGGAGUACUCCACUCCUCCUG